AUGCCCGGCGCCACACACGAGCUCCUGACGCUCGUGCAGCGGCGCGGGACAGCGGCCGAAGCGCUCGUGCGUUUCAUCGCUCGUGCUGCUGUGCUCGUGCAGGACAACGUGAUCGAUCACAGCGCGGAGACUGCCGUCGCACUGUCUGCGCUGACUGCUGCCGUCGAGCGUCGCCAACCGGCGUGGCGGACUCGAGGACUGCCUGGCGAGCGAGCGCAGAAGCGCCAGCGAACGAGUGGUCGCGGCCGGAACGACGUCGUGUUUGCUGCCCAAUUGGCGCAGAGUAUUGUGAAAGUGUAUGCGUUGAUGGACGUUGCUGCAGCCACAAUGGCAGAAAAGGCCGAUCUUGUAGCGGCACUGGAUCUAGCGUGUGUCGCGCUUUACGUGGUGUGUGCCCUGGCGCAUACAGUGCGUCUUGGGGACCUCGUGGUGGAAAAUCUGCUCUACCAAGUGGCCAAAAAGUACACAGAGAUGCCAGAUGGAAGCAAAGCGAUGCGAGAAGCAGCAAGCUGUGUGGCUGCUUGUGUCCACCUUCGUCUGUGGAACGAGCAUACAAAGCUGUGCAGUAAAUCCAGUGCAAGCGGUACAGAGACGUCGCAGUUGAUGGCACACUUGCAAGAUGCGGGUAAUGUCGACUUUGCGACGACUGUCGCGAAGAAGUUGGCACUUGUAGCGGAGUUCCCGGGACCCACAAGCCUCCACACAGCACAGUUUGCCCAGCUGCUUCUUGGACAUUCUAGCAUGUGCGUCACGCUACUGGCUGCUACAGGGAACCACGAGGCCGUACGACGAGUUGCAGAAACCACGCUUUCGCCGUGGAUUGACCGCUUGCAAGUUCUCUCCGACCAGCACUCGAAAUUGGCUUCCUCGUUUAGUGACCGGACAUUCCGCGUGAUGUGGAAGUGUGCUGCGGCUGUAGACAGUGGUGACCAAAACGCGUCGAAAGCAACCAAUGUCGCGCUUCUACUUCGUUCAACAGCGUUGACGUUCGCACUCAGAUGCCCAAAAUACACGUCGUUGUACUUCAUACAGCAGGUACAUCGUGUUGGUGUCCAGCACGAGCGUGCAUCCAAGAGGUCACAUCAAGGGCUCCAAGAAGUACACGCGUUUUAUGAUCGAUCAGCGAACGCUCUGCUCGGGACGUGUCUCGACUCAGCACAGACCUACAAAUCCAAAUCUUUUGAGUGGGAAUAUGUUCAGUGGCUCGAACACUUUGCUCUCAUAUGUGAAGCGCUUGAGCUGCAUGUGGAAAGUGCGACGAUCUUGGAAAACGCAGCUAACUAUGCUCAUUUGUUUGAUGACACGGGGUUUAUUCAGUCUUGCCUGCUGUUUUCCAUUGCGGGUGCUCUCUUGCGUGCAUCUGGGUAUGAAAAGCGAGGCGAUAGCAUCCGCUCAGAAGCCGGCUCUAGCACAGCUGUUUUUGACAAGGGAUUCGGAUCUCGAGCUGGUAGGAUCAUACGAGAUCUUGUUCACAGCACUUCGUCCGACGACAAACUAGUCGACCGGUGCGAAAAGGCAGCAAGUGCGCAUCUGAAGAAGCUCGAAGUGUUUGUGACAUCUAGUUGUAGGCCAUUGAGGCCGUCGAGCAUUCGUGUGUUUGCACCGUUCGUCAUUCGCUGUCUGAAGAGAAGCUCGAUACAGAUGUACAAUUACACCAUUAGUGCUCAGCAUUCGGCGAACGACCAGUUACGCCACCAAGUUGUGACAAGUUUUGCUGUGAUGUGUGAGGCUAUGAAGGAACUGCGCGGUACUCCUGACGAAACGGGUUCAAGCGUCAUUGAGACGCUGAUUUUGGAAGAAUUACGACUUCACCGAAUGGCUGUGACACUAUCGGUCCGGCGUUGUGUAGGGGACGUACGCAGUUCAGCUGUGACUGAGUCUGCUCUGCACGCAGUUUCUUGCCGUGUGAAUCGAAUCCGUGAUCUUUUGCACGACGCAACGAUGGAUGGAAAGUCUUGCGAAUCGACUUUGAAGCGAGUUCUGGGCGAUCUGAAAUCAGUUGCUCGUGAUUGUUACAACUUUGCAGUUCGAUACUACAAAGCAGGAAACUACCAGGUGACAAUCGUAGCACUCACAGGAGCAUUUCAGGUUGUGGAAACGUACUUGGAGUGCGUCAUGCGUAGUCAUGCUACCGCAGACGAAAUACACGCGGCACACGCUCACCUGAAAGCUGACGAUAUUGCUUCUUUGCUAGCACACUGCUUUCGCGAAACGGGAGAUGCAGUGCGAUCACGGCAAUUCGCUGAGCACUCUCUUGUGUACUGUGCCGACAUCCACGAGAAAACGCCGCAAGCAAGUGUCGACAAAUACGUGUCAUGUGUUUUGAAUGAGCUCAAACAGUCAGGCGACGGUGCGAAAGACUUCAUCGUGCGCACGUUCAAAGUCUUCCUGAGCAACGUCACGCGCGUGUUAGAGUCUCGGCGCGUAUCCGACGAUCGCAUGGUCAUGCUGUGGAACGCGUUUCGAUACGCCCUUGAACUUGCGUCUGCUAAAAUCAUGGACAGCGUGCGAGCCGGGGAUUGCGGUGAGGUUGCGUGUACAGACCGUGCGUCAUCCGAAUCAUGUGUGCAUUUGUGUGGUGUGCUUCAGAGUUACGUGGAUGGUCAAUUGGUGAAGUUUAGACUGAAGGCGAUCGACGGCAAGUUGUUUGACGACAUUCUACUGGACGUCUCCCAGUCACUAGCAAGACGCAAGCACGUUUACUGUUGUUUUUAUGCCAAAUGUGACUUUAGCGCUACGAUGGAGGACCUUUUACUCGUCCAUCACUCCCUUUCUACUGCUGCUGAGAAACUUCAGUCUUUGGCUGGAGCUCUUUCUGUCGAUCUCGGAGGCGUCUACGGAUGGCGUGGUGUGAUUACUAUGGAAAUUGCUCUCAUCGCUAGCUACGCCGGCUUGUCGGCAAGCGAUGCCACUCGUGAAAAAGCUGUUAUGUCCGAAAACAGCGCGAUUGCAGACAUCGAACAAUGCUUGAAGUACUGGGAUACAGGAUGCACCUCUGGUUUCCUGUUUGACGUGCCUUAUGUGAUGUGCUGCUUGCAUUCCGUCUGCAACACACUGUCCAUAGCUCCAUGCUCACCGCUAGAAGACGUCGCUCGUAAGCUACGCAGAAAGCUCCAACGCUUGGCUGAUGAGGUAGUAGCUCCUGAACUAUGGUUGCUCGACCCCGAUAUGUCAGUUGAUCGAUUGAUUGUGGAAUAUGAAGUUGCUACCUCGACGGAUGCAGGCAUUGACAACAAAAUAGGGACGUUUGAGCUAGCGGACAAAGCUCUGCUUGCUGCCGAGAGUGCUCAGGCUAACGGUAAUAAGGGCCAAACGUGUCAGCACUUGCGCGAUGCGAUGGCUAUGCUCGGUGGCAUCACACCAAGUCAGAGGCAGGGCCGAACUGCAGUGUUCGCGAAGGCAGUAGGGAUGCGAGAGUACAUUGCUCACGUGAUACUGUCGGAUUUAUACUUUCAUGAAGGGCGCAGUACAUGUGCCAUUGCAGAAGCUAAAGCUGCGCUGCGUCUUUGUUGGAAAAUGGCAAAAACGUGUACCGCCAGCUCGUCGUCUACUGGAUGCACUGCGUGGUUUGAGCUGCCAUCAGAGAUUGCGAUCGCGAAGAGUCAAGAGCGUAAACCUGGUUACCUGCUGGACUUCAUGGCGCUGGAAAGUUUGUCUUGGGACCUGCUGCUUGCUGCGAAGAUGAUAUUGUGUCGGCUAGCAUCCCUCUACACCUUAUGUGACCAACCCCGCAGGGCCACUGCGUAUCUAAUGGAAGCGAUGCGUCUUGUAGGCGGGUUGAAUCUGCGGUUUUUCCGUCGGAGUCCGUUUUACGAGUACGCAGAACUGGAGCUUAAUGCGAGCCACGUGAAGAAGGCAAAAGUAGCCAUAUCGCUAUUGUCAUUCAGUCGAAAGAGGAUACCGGACCAGAAAGAAGCUGAUUGUACUGACCACGCUAUGACGUCUUGGCAUCACUCAUGCAUUGGGUCUGAUGUGGCAUUCAUCGAGCAAAGAUGCAAGGAAGUUGUGCAGCAAGGAGAUGUGUACGAAACCGAAGGGAACUACCAACAAGCAUUAGCUUGUUUCGGCAGAGCACGUGAGGCUCUGGAUGCUGUUGAAGAUAAAGGACAUCUCGUUUCGACGAGACUAGGAAGAGCGAGAGCUCGUUGCUGGCGUAAGUAUGCACGACUACAAAGCCAAGUUUGCGACUUUUCCGACUCAGCAGCAGUAGAAGCGUUGCUGGUUUCGAUGAAAAGACUAAAGCAGUCGGUCAAGGCCUGCGGUCAGCAUCUGGAACGAGUGAAGUGCCUACUUGAACUGGGACGCAUCAACACGAGGCUGUUGCGCUCGGCCUCGCCUCGGGCGUUUACUAGCCUUGGCGGAACCAUUGCCUGCUUGGAGGAAGCGUACUUGCUCGGCGAUCAUCUCGGCAUUGCUUACCUAAGCCAGGAAUUGCGGGCAGCAUUAGGAAUGGCCUAUUUUGCUGAAAUCGAGGACAACACUGGCAGCAAAGAUGAUCCCACAUCCGACCGCGUACCGUUUCUUGCAUGGAUGAGCGGCGCAUUGCUGGCGAACUCUGGCAGCGCCGGUAUGGUUGCUGUGAAAGAGAUGCCAUCCUUCGAACUGGGUAGCGACAAGUCACCACGGGACUCUUUGACGGUGCAGCUCGAACAUCUGGCUGCAAGUUCAGCUCCAAGUCACGAACUGGAGUCGCACAAAACCCUGACGAACAUGGCCCAGAGCAUCAGUAAGCAGGUCGGGCAUCUACCAGACGAUUGGGUCAUCGUAUCCGUGACAAUAACGUCGUCGGAUGAGCUUGUGAUUACGCGCGUACAGACAAACGGUCGCGCUCCAAUCUCAUUCUGCUUGUCUGAGGUUGCUUGGGCAACUUGCAUUCGCGAGGUGGAUGCGAUCAUACAAGACUCAAGAGAGGUUUUGUCAGGUCAUACGGCUGAGGAAGCAAGCUCUUGGAACGCAGAACAAAAGGAAAAGUGGUGGUGUACUCGCAAACUGCUAGACGAACGCAUCGACAAAGCAUUGGUCUCCAUGCAGGAAACGCUGGGUUUCUGGCGAUGCUUACUUGUUGGAGGACCGAGUACUCCCGACAGAAUCCAACGCUGCUGGGAAAUCCUGGUCUCGAGCAAACAAGGGCCUACCCGACUGGUGGAAAGGAACCAGACUUUGUUGUGCGCCAUUGCUGAUUCACAGCAGAGCUUGUCAGACUGUGAAGUGAUCGAUGGACUGAAGCACAUUGCAGCAGAAAUCGGUGCGCCCGUAUCCGAUUCGGCAGUGCGUGAGGCCCUGCGCGUACUGCGGUCGGAGCGAACCGACACGAGAUCAAACUCUUCGAAGGCAGCUCUCUCGACGUUGGCCAAGCUGAGCACGGAAAGACUGGCUAGAAUGAAAGUCGGCGAGGUGAGGCAGCAUCUUGCUGCGGAGGGCCUUAGUACCGAUGGAUCGAAGAAGGCAAUGAUUGAACGGCUGAUUGCUGCUCGCGCCGCCGCCCUAUCAGACGAGUAUCUUUUACCGAUGAAACGCUCUCAUGGUGACACCGACAACCCGUUCUCGACAAUAUUGAUCUUGCAUCACGAGCUGCAGCAGUUUCCAUGGGAAGGAAUGGACGUAAUGGGCCAUUCCAGCGGCGUCACUCGCAUGCCUUCGCUUGAACUGAUCCUCGAGAACGCCAAGUGCUCGCCGCUUGUCCGACGCGAUCGCGUGCAUUUCGUGCUGAAUCCUGCUGGAGAUCUCCGAUCAACCGAGCAUCAGCUGGGUCCGAUUGUGGCAGACGGAGUGACUGCAUAUGGCUGGGAAGGCACUGUUGGCAAAGCUCCCGAUCCUGAUGAGCUGAGAAACAGACUGGAAGCCGCGGACCUUUUUGUUUAUUGCGGUCACGGCUCGGGUGAGACGUACUUGCCCCGCAACAAGGUCCUUGGGUUACAGCCCAACUGCAGCGCUGCGCUGCUCUUCGGCUGCAGCAGUGGUCGUCUCGAGCGGGAGGGCAUUUUCGGUCCGCAUGGCGCUGUGCUGGCUUACUUGCGCGCUGGAAGUCCCGCAGUGCUGGCGAUGCUCUGGGACGUCACGGAUCGCGACAUUGACCAGCUGAGUGUCAAAGUGUUGCAGGACUGGCUCCUGGCAAACACUGCCGAUGUCGAUGGCCGUUGCCGUCGUCGACUAGCGCUGGCCAAAGUGCUGCACGACUCUCGGACUGUGUGCAAGCUCAAGUACCUCAAUGGACACGCCGCAAUCUGCUACGGGCUCCCGCUGUACGUGGCAAACCAUCGCACUGCGCCACGACAGCCGACCACUUCAACUUGA